AUGGAGAACAAGGAUCAUCACGACCCUGGUGCGGCGGAGUCACGAGAAUACGCCGCCGGUGGCGGGGCCACAGCCUGCUGCAGCGGAGGAAUAGAGGAAACGGUCGUCGUCAUGCCGAUUACUAAUAUUCGAGCAUCCGGCAGUAGUACACUUGGCCGGCGCAUUCUCCUGGCCGCCAACUACUGCUCCCUCGUCGUCGGGUCGCUCGCCGCCACCCUCCUCUCCCGCUUCUACUUCGUCCACGGUGGCUCCGACCGGUGGGUCUCCACCCUUGUCCAGUGCGCCGGCUUCCCGCUCCUCUUCAUUCCCAUAUACUUCUCCCGUCGCUCCGGCGCCGGUACGGCACGCGCCUCCGUGCUCGUACCGCGCCUCCUCGUGCUCUGCGUCCUCAUCGGCGUCCUCCUCGGCGUCAACAACUUCUUGAUCUCGUGGGGCGUCUCCUACCUCCCUGUUUCCACCUCCUCCCUUCUCCUCUCCUCGCAGCUGGGCUUCACGCUCUUCCUCUCCGCCCUCCUGGUCCACCAGCCCAUCCGCUUCGCCAACGUCAACUGCGUUCUCUGCCUCACGCUCGCCUCCGUCCUCCUCGCCGUCAACUCCAGCGGAGACGCGCCGCCGGGGAUCGUGCACUCCCAGUACGCGCUCGGCUUCCUGGCCACGCUCGGCGCCGCCGUGCUCUUUUCCCUUUACCUCCCGCUGGUCCAGUGGACGUACCGGAGGCCCCCGGCGGUGGAGUCAUUCCGGACGGUGAUGGAAAUGCAGGUGGUGAUGGAGGCGGCGGCGACGGGGUUCGCGCUGGUGGGGAUGGCGACGGGAGGCGGGUUCGAGCAGAUGGGGAGGGAGGCGGCGAGGGAAUUCGACAAAGGGACAGCGUGGUACUGGGCGACGAUCGCCGCGACGGUGCUCAGCUGGCAGCUCUGCUUCAUGGCGACGGCCGGGUUGGUGUUCCUGACGUCGUCGCUGAACAGCGGAAUAUGCUCGACGGCGACGCUGGUGGUGAACGUCGUUGGAGGCGUGGUGGCGUUCGGCGACUCGUUCGGGGGGCAGAAGGCGGUGGCACUCGUGCUGUGCACGUGGGGCUUCGUCUCUUAUUUGUGUGGAGAGUACUACAAGACAAAGAAUACUACCACGGCGGCGGCGGCGGCGGCGGCGGCGGGAAUACAUAUGAACCAUUAG